AACCACAUCUUGAAUAUGAGGACAAAAUCUAUUCUUACCCUUUUGGGCGUGGUGGCUAUUAUGCAAGCACCCUGUAUCGCGAAAACCGACCAAUCACAGGCCAAUGUCGCGGAAAACCCACCAAUGGACGACUCGGUUGCUGGAGUGAGACAGAGAGACACCCCGGAGGUUGUAUUACAGUUGAAAUAUAGUGAAGGGGAGCUGAAUAAGAUAUAUUUGACUCAGUUCAGGAAAGAAGCUAAGGGUUGGGAGCCUCCAGUACUUGCCCGGAGGUCUCUGUGCGCGGACCUGUGUUACUCAGGUCUCGGAGGCGAUUCCUGCGGGUCCAACUGUGGGGCCAUGAUGCCGGUGGGCCUCAAAACGGCCCUAAACAGCUCCAACUCAACGGAUGUGGUAUAUGGCGAGCCUAGGGUACAGGUCUGCCCUGUGCUGUGUAAGAAUGGAUUGGGUCAACCUUUGUGCAGCUGUGGGGAAAACGAGCCUGAACCCACGGAUUGGAGUGCCGUAUGCGGAACCUUCUGCACCUCGGACAACUACGUGCUACGCGGAUGCCCAGCCUGCAGCCAACCUGCCAACGAAGCGACCCAACCAGCAAUCCACUCAGUUCUACCCAGCAGCAGGUCUUUAAAUACCGUGGAAGGUUGGAGGUCCUGGUGCAACGUGCAAUGCCGCCAGGGACAAGGUGGCGCCGCGUGCAACUGUGAUACUGCCCCAUUUUAGUAGACCAGAAGACCCAGAAGACCAAAGUAUCCGAUGAGACCAAAAAAUCCAAAAAAAUCCGAAAUAAAAGCACUAGAAAAUUUCUAACGACCAAAGUGAUGCAAACCCAAAAUAAAUCCGAC